AUGAAGAAAAGAGCUGCUCCCCCUCCUCCUAGUCUCGCUUCAGGUACCGUUUGCCACACUCGUACUCCUUCUGAUCCAGGUCUUUCCCAGUCUCCAUCAAGUGCACGUCAUGACAGUUUGAAGCCUCGCUGUAAGGCCCUUUAUGAUUGUGAGGCUGACAGAGAAGAUGAAUUAUCUUUUAGUGAAGGAGAGAUCAUUGUGAUAAUCAGUGAAACUACAGAUGAUGAAGAGUGGAUGGAGGGAAUGAUUGAAGGGGAACCUCAGCGAAGAGGAGUAUUUCCAGCAAGUUUUGUCCACAUGCUGUAA